UGAAACUUGGACUAGUGCGGAGCGUUAACGGUUAUAAGAAAACGUUUGUGUAAACAAAAACAAUAAAAACAAAAAUGAAAAAUAAAACAACUUAAGAUAGUAUUUUAAAUUUUGGAAAGUUUAUUACAAAAAAAUUAAUAAAAAAUUUGCAAAUAUAACAAAAUAAGUGAAAAAUAAAAUUUAAUUAAAAAAUUGUUUUAAAAAUUUUAUGUUUUUGUUUAAUAAGUGUCUUAAUAUUCAAAAACCAACAAACCUUGAACGUUUACAAAAAAUUAAUAAUAAUAAGAGAUUAUUAAAGAAAAUUUGAAAACACGAGCACGUUUUAAAAACAGUAAAUUCCAAAAAGACAGUCCAUAACAAUUUUGGCCGAAUUCCCAAAAAUUAAUGCCAAGACAACGAACCAGUCACAGAUCAAAUUGUUGUUGUUUUGUUUUAACAAACUGCAACAAGCAGCUAACGAACGAAUAGUGAUCGUGGUUGAGAGACAUGUUAUGGAUGGACAACUUUUGCCAAGUAUUUCGUCACAAAUAUUAGAGUGACUUGUUUAUAAUUAAAUAUAAACAAACUCAAACUUAAAAUUUAUAAUGACAUAAAGGAAAUAGCAAAAAAAAAAUGAAGGCAAACUGUUAAAAACUGUUAUGUUUUUUUGGUAAUAAAAUUUUGAGUGUUUGCAAAAAUUGUGUUUUGUUUGUAAAUAAAAAUUUUUAAAUGAGUGAAAGCCUGUGUGUAUAUUUUACAUAAAAAUAUAACAACAAUAACUACUUUCAGCUAAAAUACUCAUUAAAUCAAAUGUUUGCUGGCGAAAACAAAAAAACAAUAAAAAAUUAAAUAAAAGACAACAACUAUCUAGCCAUCUAGUUAACAUUUUACGCCGACGCAUGUUGGAUUUACCUUUAAAAUAAUAAAAACAAAAUUUAGCUUUUAAAACACCGAUCAAGAGAAAGAGCUGCAACAACAUAAACGUUUUAAACAUUUUGAGUGUUUUAACGUGAAAGUAACGUUACGAGUAAGCUGCGCAUGCUCAUUGAACAUUUUUCGUGAAUCACUGAAAUCAGUUGAUAUUGAAAAUUAUAACGUAUUUGUGUCAUAAGAUUUAAACCAAUUUUGUUUUAAAGAAAAUAUAAAAAAAAAAACCUAAUACUCUCGUUUUACUGGCCUUAAUCAACGCUCAACAAAAUGCAACAGUCUACAGAUUUCUUACUGCUGUCAAUAUUUUGUUUGCUGUCACUCUCCACCCCGCCAAUUUUAUCGUCCACAUCAGCGUCAUUAUCAUCAUCAUCAUUGCAGUUUACCGAUACUCAACAACCUAAAAAUAACGAAAUUCUAUUAACACCCGAAGAAUCACUCAAUCAAAAAUUCGCCGACAGUCCGGCAAAUCAUACAGAAUAUGUCAGAGCUGUAAGAGAAUCGAUAAAGGAAUAUGAAUUAUAUCGGCGAAGAGUUAAGCCUUCAAGAGUUAAACGUGCCGCCAAACGCGUCUGUUAUGGUGAACUGGGUUGUUUUGAAGAUUCUGGACCAUUUGCUUACUUGGAAAUGUUACCAUCUCCUCCCGAUGAAAUCAAUACAAAAUUCUUUUUCUAUUCGACUAAAAAUAGAUCAGAUAGACCUUUAAUGGAAUUGCCCUUUCUCAACAUGACCGAAGCUUUUAAAAAGUCAAAAACUUAUAUUAAGAAAAGAGGUGCAAAUGAUACAGACGUACCAGAUGUGACUACUGAAGGUCCACAAGCUACCACAUUACCUCCUAGGAAAACGACGUUUCGUAAAACUCCUAUUACUCUGGAUGAUUUGGUGGGAUUUGAUGAAAUGUCAGUGCGUAUUAUAGUACAUGGUUUUGGUUCAGCUUGUCCCCAUGUCUGGAUCUAUGAAAUGAAAACGGCUUUAAUGGCUGUGGAAGAUUGUAUUGUUAUAUGUGUGGAUUGGGAAAAUGGUGCCACAUUUCCCAAUUAUGUAAGAGCCGCCACAAACACCCGUUUAGUGGGUAAACAAUUGGCCAUGUUGAUUAAGAAUUUACAGGAAUAUAAGGGUCUGAAUCUGUCUCGUACUCAUAUUAUUGGCUUUAGUUUGGGUGCUCAUGUCUCGGGUUUCGCCGGAGCUGAAUUACCCGGCUUAGCACGCAUUACUGGUUUAGAUCCGGCGGGUCCUCUCUUUGAGGCUCAACAUCCUAAAGUUCGCUUGGAUAAUACCGAUGCCGAGUUUGUCGAUGUUAUACACUCGAAUGGGGAGAAUUUGAUAUUGGGUGGUUUGGGCUCUUGGCAACCUAUGGGAGAUGUAGAUUUUUAUCCCAAUGGUGGUAGGGUGCAAAACGGUUGUUCGAAUUUAUUUGUGGGAGCUGUUACGGAUUUUAUAUGGUCGGCCCAGACAGCUGAAGAAGAAGAAGGACGUUCUUUGUGUAAUCAUCGUCGUGCCUACAAAUUCUUUAUCGAUUCUGUAGCUCCUCGCUGUUUGUUCCCAGCUUUUCCUUGUGCCAACUAUGAUGAUUUCUUAAAAGGCAAAUGUUUCCCUUGUGCUCAAGAUGAUGAAGAUUUAGCAGAGGGUGUACCUCGCUGCGGUAAUAUGGGUUAUUAUGCUGAUCGCUCUUCAGGUCGAGGACAAUUGUAUUUGGUUACUCGUGAGGAGGAACCAUUUUGUGCCCAUCAAUUCCAGUUGCAAAUCUUUAACUCUUUCAACGAUUUGCCCUUAAGAACUAUUGGACGUUUAGAAGCUAUUUUGGAGGGUGAAGGUGGAUUGAAUGAAACCUUUAAAAUAUCAGAAAAAGACGACUCUGAAUUCUUUGCGGGAGAUAUUGUCUCAAAAAUCAUAGUGCCUCAUCCAGCUUUAGGAUUUCCCACUACACUUAGUCUCAACUAUAAACCCUAUAGUGGAUGGCUAUCGAAAGGUUUACCCCACUGGGAUAUCGACAAAGUUGUGUUAACCGAUAGUUAUGGUAGAAGUUAUUCCUUGUGCAAAACUAACACGAAAUUAUCUUCGGGAGCUCCAGUACGCAUAAAACUAAAGCCGGGUAAUUGUGAAUUAGAUAAUCAAGAUGAAUACGGUGCUUUCACUAGUAGACCACCCACUGAAAUACCCGAUUCUACGGGUCAGGAAAGUGUUAAUUUACCGGAAUCAGAUGCUAUAGAAACCAUUAAGAAACGGAAAAAUUUCCUUAAUUUGGGAACAAGUUUUAAAUUAGGAGACAACCAGUCGUAUGCCUUAGAUGAUUCAGAUGAUUUACCCUGGCAACCCAUAUUGGAAGGAAAUUCCUUAGAUAAAGAGGUGGUAGAGACUAGCCGCAGUUUUUCCUCACAACCAGAGGAGAUCUUUGAGCCGGUACUAAAUGACAAAAGAUUAAAUGUCAAUAGGGGACGUAAUUUAAAUGAGGAGAUUGUAGAACCUUUACUAAAAGCCACCACGCCACGUAUGAAAAAAGGCAAAGAAAUAAAAUUACCCGAUCCUGCAGAUGAAGCAAAACCUCCAAAACCAGAAAUUAUAAAAAUAACCACUAUAACGAAAUCCGAUAGACCAAAAUCUAACUCGGAAGAACAAACUAUUACCGUACAACUGUUUCCCUUCCGCUUGGGGGAACUUUUGCAACGGGCCGAACGUUAUGCCAGAGAAACUAUAUUGCCUUUAAUAUCAGUGCAAGCACCAAGAUUUUUCGGUUUUAAUUUCUCGCCCAACGAGAACAAUGUUAAAAGUGAAACCAGAAAACCACGCUAUAUACCCAGAUUUGAAGAUCCCCUAAGUACGAAUAAAACAAAAAAUCAAACAAAAUCUCUUAAUAAUAAGAGAACAGGUGAUUUACAAACAUCCGAAACUAGAGAACAAAGAAAUAUUUUUGAAUUAUUAAGACCCACAACUUUGAGUGCGCUACCGCUAGAAAAUAACAAUGAACCAGAGGUACAAGAAACGAAAAAUGAAGUUACUUAUUAUACGAAUGUAUUACUAACAAAUGCACGAUCUAUGAAACCAGAAGUGGCCGAAUAUGAACCGGUAUUUAUAGAUUUACCCACUUUCCGGCCACCCAAAGCCCGAAAGGUGCGUUCUGCUACCACAAUCAAAAGAAGAAUAUUAACAAAACCUUAGUUAUUAAUUAAAAUCUUAAGAUUAGUUUAAAUUUAAUAAUAAUUGUAAAAAAUUUAAGAGCUUUUCAUGUAAUUACUGCUUAGCAGUUUAAAAAGGGGAAAAGCCAUUUGUAAUAUUGAUAUGUGAUAUUUAAGAAAAUUAUUGGCGUUAUUUAAAUUUUUUGUAUUUACAGGAAAAUACGUUUUAUUUUUUGUAAAAUUAGGCCAUUUUGUUGGAGUAGCAUAAAAGUGGUUUGUUUUAUUUUUCUACAAUUUGUUUUUUAUAUUUAUUAUAAAUAAGUUUGAAGACAUUUAUAGUUAUUAAGUAUUUAUUUAUGUACUAUGAUUUAUGUUUUUGUAUAUAAUA